CCGUCGGGGCGGCCGCGGCCUCAGCCAGGAGGAGAAAAGCACUCUGCACGUGUUCAGAGGCCCUCCCUUCCUCUCCUUUCGGGCCACGUGCCUCCCAGAAGUCCCUCUCCCGGAGACGGGGCGAAUUCCUCGCUUGCGCCUGGAGAACCCCGCCGUCCAGUUGGGUCGAAAAAGACCACUCCGUUUCAGCACCGGGACAGCUCCUUCAGCGCAGGGAACUACCGCCUCCUUCCCUUCGCCUAGCCGGCAUGCCCUCGAGCAUGUACAGAGUGCCUUCCCCCUCCGCCUGAGCCUCGGGGGCAGGGCUUGCCGGGCAGAGGGCGUGCCUUGCUCCGAGGCUUGAGCCCCGGCACCUCUCGGCCGCGAUCCUCCCGCAGCAGCGGCGGCAGGAGCAGCAGGCCCCCUCCACGCUCCCCCGCCCUCCCCGUGUGGACGCGGCUGCACAGCUCCGCGCCAGGCAGAGCGAGCGGCGGCGGCGGGAGGCAGCGCCAGUCGGGGGAACUUGCGAGGAGGAAGGAGGCAGGCAGGCAGGCAGGCAGGCGAGCGCGCACCGGGCGUAGGGGGAGCCCGAGCCUCGCCGGGCGUGGCGGGGCGGCGGCGGCUCCGGCGGCUCCGGGUCCUCCUCCUCCUGCACGUCCCCGCCGCCGCGGAGGUCCGGCUCCAGCUGCCGCUCCUCUCCGCCAGGAGGAUGCCCCGGGCUGAGGGGGAGGCGCCCUCCCCGCCGCCGCCUCGCCCGCUGCUGCCGCCGCCGCCUCUGGAGGUGUAGCGGGCGCCGGAGCCGGAGCCCGGCUGGCUGGCUGGCUCGCCCGCCCGCCCAGGAUGCUGACCUGCUGCCGCCGCCCGCGCCCGCUCCUCCCGCCGCUGGACCGACGCCGCUGCUCCUCCGCCGCCUCCACUGCCUCCGCCGCCGCCGCCGGACUCUUCCUGGGGCUCGUCUGGCUCCACUCCUGCCACGGGAUGCCCCAUGUCAUCCGCAUCGGAGGAAUCUUUGAAUACACAGACGGCCCAAAUGCCCAGAUAAUGAAUGCGGAGGAGCAAGCCUUCCGAUUCUCAGCAAACAUUAUCAAUAGGAAUAGAACACUGCUACCCAACACAACCUUAACCUAUGAUAUCCAGAGGAUAAGCUUCCAUGAUAGCUUUGAAGCCACGAAGAAAGCCUGUGACCAGCUGGCGCUUGGUGUUGUAGCAAUAUUCGGGCCUUCCCAGGGUUCCUGCACCAAUGCCGUCCAGUCCAUUUGCAACGCACUGGAGGUCCCCCACAUCCAGCUGCGGUGGAAGCAUCACCCUUUGGAUAACAAAGACACUUUCUAUGUCAACCUUUACCCGGACUAUGCCUCUCUCAGCCAUGCUAUCUUGGACCUUGUACAGUACCUGAAAUGGAGGUCAGCCACUGUGGUGUAUGAUGACAGUACAGGCCUCAUCCGGCUGCAAGAACUGAUCAUGGCCCCAUCGAGAUACAACAUCCGCUUGAAAAUCCGCCAGCUGCCCCUCGACACAGAUGACACGCGCCCCUUGCUCAAGGAAAUGAAGCGGGGCCGGGAGUUCCGGAUCAUCUUUGAUUGCACCCACACCAUGGCUGUCCACAUCCUCAAGCAGGCCAUGGCAAUGGGAAUGAUGACGGAAUACUACCACUUUAUCUUCACCACACUGGAUCUUUAUGCAUUGGAUCUAGAGCAAUAUCGCUACUCUGGAGUGAACCUGACUGGCUUCCGCAUCUUGAACGUGGAGAAUCCCCAUGUCUCUGCCAUCAUUGAUAAAUGGUCUAUGGAGAGGUUGCAGGCAGCCCCCAAGCCUGAGCCAGGGUUGAUCACAGGGGUGAUGAUGACAGAUGCUGCCCUGUUGUACGAUGCUGUCCACAUUGUCUCCGUGUGCUACCAACGGGCUCCACAGAUGACUGUCAACUCCCUCCAGUGCCAUCGGCAUAAAGCCUGGCGGUUUGGUGGACGCUUCAUGAAUUUCAUCAAAGAGGCCCAGUGGGAAGGUCUCACUGGACGCAUCGUCUUCAACAAAACCAGCGGCUUGAGGACGGAUUUCGACUUGGACAUCAUCAGCCUCAAGGAAGACGGGCUUGAAAAGGUUGGUGUGUGGAGCCCAUCUGAUGGACUGAAUAUCACUGAAAUCUCCCGAAGGCAAGGCCCCAAUGUGACAGAUUCCCUCACCAACAGAUCCUUGAUUGUCACCACAGUCCUGGAGGAACCCUUUGUCAUGUUCAUCAAGUCGGACACCGUGCUCUCUGGGAAUGACCGCUUUGAAGGCUACUGCGUUGAUCUCCUAAGGGAAGUCUCCCGAAUCCUUGGCUUCAGCUAUGAGAUCCGUGUGGUGGAGGAUGGGAAGUACGGAGCCCAGGAUGAGAAGGGGCAGUGGAACGGCAUGAUCAGGGAGCUGAUUGAUCAUAAAGCUGACCUGGCUGUCGCUCCGCUCACCAUCACCCAUGUCCGGGAGAAAGCGAUUGAUUUCUCCAAGCCCUUCAUGACUCUGGGGAUCAGCAUUCUCUACCGGAAGGCCAAUGGGACCAACCCCAGUGUCUUCUCUUUCCUGAACCCUCUGUCUCCUGACAUUUGGAUGUACAUCCUCCUUGCUUACCUGGGAGUGAGCUGCGUGCUGUUUGUGAUAGCCAGGUUUAGCCCUUACGAAUGGUAUGACGCCCACCCCUGCAAUCCAGGCUCGGACAUCGUGGAGAACAACUUCACCCUCCUCAACAGCUUCUGGUUCGGCAUGGGAGCGCUGAUGCAGCAAGGCUCUGAGCUGAUGCCCAAAGCCCUUUCCACCCGCAUCAUUGGGGGCAUCUGGUGGUUCUUCACCCUCAUCAUCAUCUCCUCCUACACGGCCAACCUGGCUGCCUUCCUUACUGUGGAAAGGAUGGAGUCACCCAUCGACUCGGCGGACGACCUGGCCAAGCAAACCAAAAUCGAAUAUGGGGCGGUGAAGGAUGGCGCCACCAUGACUUUCUUCAAGAAAUCCAGGAUCUCCACUUUUGAAAAGAUGUGGGCCUUCAUGAGCAGCAAGCCCUCAGCUCUCGUUAAGAACAACGAAGAAGGGAUCCAGCGUGCCCUCACCUCCGACUAUGCCUUGCUGAUGGAAUCCACCACCAUUGAGUACAUCACCCAAAGAAACUGCAACCUGACUCAGAUUGGGGGUCUUAUAGACUCCAAGGGCUAUGGGAUCGGCACUCCUAUGGGUUCACCCUACAGGGACAAGAUCACCAUUGCGAUCCUCCAGCUCCAGGAAGAGGCCAAGCUGCAUGCCUUGAAGGACAAGUGGUGGAGAAGCAAUGGCUGCCCUGAGGAGGAGAACAAAGAAGCCAGUGCCCUCGGGAUCCAGAACAUCGGGGGGCUCUUCAUUGUCCUGGCGGCUGGCUUGGUCCUCUCUGUCUUCGUGGCCACCCUGGAGUUCAUCUACAAGCUGCGCAAAACGGCAGAACGGGAGCAGCGUUCCUUCUGCAGCGCCAUGGCCGACGAGAUCAGGCUCUCUCUCACCUGCCACCGCCGGGUGAAACACAAGCCCCAGCCCCCCGUCAUGGUGAAGACAGACGCCGUCAUCAACAUGCACACGUUCAAUGACAGGCGGCUUCCAGGCAAGGACAACAUGGCCUGCAACACGGGACUGACCCCCGUGUUCCCGUGAUGGGGUGUGGAGGGUCAAACACCAGGGAGGGGCUUGCUGGAGAUGUGUGGGGAGAAAGGCGCACCAGGACUGCAAAAGCAGAGAAAAGGAGGGAGAACAAACCCCCAGUUUUUGAGAACAAGGCCUUCAAUGUAACUUCAGCCAUCAUCCAACUUGGAUACAAGAACCCGAAGCAUGGAUCGCGACGCCUUCAGUUGGGGGUCGUUGUUUGGUUAUUAUUAUUUUUCCAGAUCAAGGUUUAAGCAGCACCGUGGACUCCUCGGCACCCAAGCCCUGCCCUUCCCCAAGACACACCCAGGAGGAGUCUUCAUGUUUACAUAGCAAAUGGAUGGAAGACAUAAAUAAAGCCAGGGCAUGGACUGAUCUGGGGCAGAGGAGAGCCGCCGCAAAGCCUGCGAAUCUGACGCUUCCAUUUCAGUAUGGCAAUAAACAAAGCAACCACAUUGGGGGUGGGGGGUGGAAUCUGGAUUGGCUUGCGCAGCAUGUGCCAGAGACAGUGUGGGAGAGAGUUGUGGGGUGGAGAGCAGGGGAGGAGACUCCUGGUCAAAGUCACAAGCCUUCCCCUUGAAGGAACCCAAUGGUGGCCUCAGCACUGUGCUGGACUCUUGUGCACCAGGAAGCCCCCAGUGGGCCACCAGCACAGCUGUCUUGCAUGGGUGUGUUGUGGGCUCCUACCUGGGGAGAAGAGACAGCAGGGAAGCCUCUUUUAUUCAGGGGGAGGGGAGGGAGAUUGGAUUUCCAUUUGUCUGACAGGAACCGUUAAGGGGAGAGAUGGUAUGUCCACAGUGACACAAUCAAGCAUUGCCUCUACUUGGAGGUGUGGAUUCCUGGCAUUUGGAGGAGGAGAAGGAAUUGUAUCCUUCAGACAGUGGCUCCUGCAACACUUUGGUGCUGUCUGCUCCAAGUCAGUAAUGUGAGACCAAGCAAAGCCACCAUCCUUGGGGUGAAAGAGGUUGCCCUCAGGAAGGCUAAUAUAAUCCGCAAAUGGGUAAUGAUGGCCAUGAUGACUUCACUGAUAGAAGAGGGGCAUGAGAAAAGUGGAUUAUAAUUCAGCAUUUAAUUGGGGUUGGGAAAGAUUUGGCAACACUCUAGGCAUUUUGUUGGUGGUCAAUCUGGAUUCUGGGUGAGUUGAAGUCUGUACAUUUCUGGGUGCAUUACUCUAAAAUAAGUCCCACUGCAUUCAAUGGGGCUUAUUCCCAAUUUUGUGUGCAUAGGCUCAUUGCACAAAUCACUACCAUUAGAAGUCAUUAAAGUGUUCUUCAGGCAGAAGAGCUUCUCCCCUGGGUACCAUGAAUUGUCUUUUUCCUUCCAGACAGAUUUUUCUCUCUCUCCAAAUGACCAAAGACUGCCCUUUGCCUGCCAUUCAAAAGAACACAGUGAAUGGGACUCUGUGGUAUUGCCAAAUACUGACUGUCCUUUCCCUGAAAACCUAGCAGGAGACUGACAGGUUGUGCAACUGCAUGCAAAGCUGCCUCUUUCCACAUCCAGUCAGCUUUAAGACUGAUGCAAUGGUUUGUUUUGACUUGACUUAAGGCACAUUUGCAAGACAAGUUUCCAAACAGUCUCCUAAUUUCAAAAUUUCAGUAGUCAAUUACCUGCCAAGUCUAAUUCAUCUCAGUCCACAGCUGGGGAAAGUUAUUAUCAUUCAUUGAUCAGUUUAUAUAUUGCUUGCAUACCACAAUGGCUUCUAAGUGGCUUACAAGCAUAAAAUCAAUUAUAAAACCCAUACAUAAUUGAAAUGCACAAUAAAAGAAUUUCAUCAAAACAUUUAGAACUCCCAUAUACUAAAACAAGCCAAUAGAAAAGCAGAACAAUUAAACAGUUGGAUCAAGAAGUGCAAGUUCAGGAGAAUGCUGGCCUAGACGGCCGUGUUUUCCAGAGCUGGCAGAAUGCCAGUGGUGGUGGAAGGCCUCUCAUAUCGCAGCAGGAAAGGCAUCCCACAACACUGUUGCUACCAGUUCUAGGCCAGAGAGAGACUCAGAAUCAGACCCUGGUCUAAUUGGGUGAUUCUGAAUCCUGGUAACGGUUGAUAAGAUGGGAGCGGAUUCCCUAGUCCACCUUCUAACCCUCCUUUCAUGAAGUCUUGCCUCUUUCUGCUAGCAUUCAUAUAAAGCCAAGUUCAUGCAAAGUGCAAUUUCUUAAAGACCCAUGGCAGGUUGGACCAGAGUUCCUGCCGCCUUCAAAAACAGCUGAGACUUUCCAAAGGAGAGAAGGGAGAAGUUCUGCUGGCCAAGGGGUCCUCAAAGUGAUACAGAUCCUGGCACAGCUCCAAAGCCAUUCAGAGCUGCCUGACUUCACAGGUGUAGGAAACCCAGUAGGGAGAAGAGCACCAAAACAUAGAGGCAAGAGGCAUCUCACUGACAAAAACAAUGGGUGUCCCUGGCAUAGGAGGCCAGAGUCUUGGGCUUGGCCAUUCACACCCAUCACUGGAGCUCCUUUGCCUCCCGCCCAGUGGCCCCCUUGCUUUCCUCCAGUAGUUCUGGGCUCUGACCACAAGCAAAGGUUUUUCUCUACCCCCCCCAUUCCCCCCAUUUGUUACCCUUGUUGCCCAACCUGCUACUUUCUGCCAUUGAGCUGCCCCACCAAAUAGGACAGAAAUUGACCUUUUAAGCAAAAUUUGUCGAAACAAUUAGCACAAAGCAUUCAAGGAAAGCCCUCACACUAGUUAAUGAGAGGCGAGUUUAGCUGGAAGGAGAGGGCUAGCAGUUGCUACUAGCCGUGAUAGCUGUUCUCUGCUUCCACAAUUGGAGGUAGGGUUGCUUCUCAAUACUAGUUGCUGGAAACAGCAGGAGGGGAGGGUGCUCUUGUGCUUGAUUCCUGCUUGCUGGUUUUCCACAGGCAUCUGGUCAGCCACUGAGAGAACAGGAUGCUGGACCAGAUGGGCCAUUUGGCCUGAUCCAGAAAGCUCUUAUGUUCUUAAGGGUAUCCGCCCAAAAUAUGGCUUACUGGGGUGGGCUCCCAGAGAGGAGCUGGGUCUUUUUGGAUUUCCACAACCCACUAAGCAAAGCCAAAGUUUGGCUUUGCCUGUUUUCUGAACCCAGCUCUCUCCGCACUAACUACAAGCCAUAGCCAAGAUUUGUGCACAUUCGUUUGGCUUACUGUGUUGUGCAAACAAGGCCACUGUAACCCACUGAAACAUCUGCCAGUGACCUCUAAUCAAUUUCACACAACUCCUCCCUGCCACCUAGGAAAAGGAGGCUGGGGUCACUGUUCCAUCCCUACUGGGAAGUAGGAGGCCAUUUUGCCAAGAAGACAAAAGAGUUCAAUCAUUCUCAAAUCCAUUAGCUCAGACAGGCUUCAAAACUUUUUAAAUUCAUAGUGGCACUUGAAGUUGCUGCUGUUUUUGUUUAUUCAUCUCCAGUUGAAUAAAUCAUCAAUUUAUUUCAGCAGAUUAGAUCAGCAACCAUUCAGCUAUCUCGGAAUUCUUUGCAACAUCAGUUUGUCAUCGCAGGUGAAUUUGUCCAAAACCUACUAAAGCCAGUCUCUGAAUUUCAUGUAAAACAGUGGGGAGGGCUGUGCGCUUUUAAUGUUGCUGUAAGUCUUUAUUCCUGUUCUUUUUCAUAUGUUUGUCUUCUACGCCAGGCCUCUUUAGGCAAAUGUUUUCAGUGUGUGCAUAAAAACGAUUGAGAGCUUUCCUGCUACCCAGACUGAAUUGGAGGUUCACCUGUAUCUGGUGUGGAACAGCUCGCCACUUUUUGCCCUGGCUGCUGAUGACCAGCCACUGACAGAGACAAGAUACUGAACUCAACAGCGGGAGUGUCUUGGCUAGCCAACCAACCAUGAUUUUAUGAUGACUUGGAGAGAAUGUCGGGAGUGAUUUGGGGUGGGGGUGGGGAUAUAAUUUGCUUUUGCUCAAGUUCUAAGAGGUAACACAGGGAAGGGAAAUGGUCAAGGUUGUCACUACUCUGCCAGAGGCCUUGCAAAGGAGAAAAUGCAGCCCUUGAACCUUUGGCCAGGGCAGUGCCCUGGAUGCUCCAGCAAAGAUGUCUUCUCCACUCCCCUGAUGGCCAGCAAAUACUGACUGAUACUCAGCCUGGUUGUGGUGUGCCCAGCACCUCUAUCCAUGUGGCUCUGCAACAGGACAGCCUAGGUGACUUCUGGAGGUACCUUCUGAUCUUGAACUGUCACCAAGAUGUGGAGCUGCAGUGCCAGCCCAACCACGCACACGUUCUCACAACCACACAAACUCACAUUGCUUGAUCACGAAUACCUGUUUGGCUCUAGGAAGGUGACCCAGCCAGCAGCUGUACCAGAAUAAGGACUGUGGACCAUCAUUGUCAAAACUGCCCUUUUGCUGUCUAUUCCAAACUUCCCUCUUGACAACAACAACAACUGACAGGACUGGUCUCUGUGACAUUCAGGGGAAAUACUCCUUUGUGGACAUGCAGAAAUUUCUAUGAAUAUAGUUUUUUGUAAACAUUUUGUAAUAAUUUUGGUUUCAUAGUAACUGUGUUACUUGCAGAUCAUUCUAGGCAGAUGUAAAUAAAAUUUCCAAAAAAACAAACAAAAAAUUGAGUUUAACGUUUUAAAAGAAAAAGAAAAAUCUGAUUAUUUUCCUUUUUAAGACACUGUGAUAUAUCAAAGUGCACAGUUUGCUGUAUGAGGUAACAUUGUUUUAAAUUUUAAAUAAUAAUAAAAAAGAAUUUAUACAAAAGAAA